CGCCUCUUUCCUGCGUCUCUGUAGCAGCUGCUACCUGGUAAGAAGUUCUGGGAGACGGAUGACUCUGGGAAGGAUGGACCAAAAGGGAUCUUUCUGGACCAGUGGAGGGACAGUGCAUGGGGGGCCUCAGAUCACUCCGUGUCUCAACCAAUCAUGGUGUCCCGUCAUCCAGGGCAAGGUUUCCAUGGCGGUGGUGAAGUCGGGGUGGGCUCCGUGAUGUCCCCGCGCUCUGAGAGUGGGGGGCUGGGAGUCAGCAUGGUGGAGUACGUCCUCUCCUCCUCACCCGCUGACAAACUGGACUCCUGUCUCCGAAAAGGACCCUAUGGGCAGAGGGAUGUAGAGGUGGAAGAGGAGAAAAGGGAGAAGCCAAAAGCAACAUUUGAAGCAGAGAAACUGAAAGAACUGACAGAAGUUGAAGUUGAUGUCAUCAACGACGUCAUCAACCCCAACGGGAUGCCCGUGCAGAACGGCCUGGACGUCAACGUCAAAGAGUUUUGUCGUCCCCAAGGCAACAUGCCGGUCCCUGGUCCUGAGGGAGACCAUCUCGGAGGCCCCGGGGGUGUAGGGGCCGAUGGCAUGAACCAGAUGGGAGGUGGAGGAGGCCCCAAGCCCCAGGAGGACUUCUCUGGCGUGGAACAAGGGGGCGUCAGCAUGGACCAAAUGGAGUCAGUGAUGGAGCCGCUUCAGUUUGACUACAACUCCCAGAUGCCCAUGGACUCCCAACCCACCGUGGGCUUAUUUGACUACGCCAGCCAGCAGCAGGUGAGAGUAACACGCAGAGACUGGACUGUGCCUUCUGCUUCUGGUGCUGAACACUCCAAUCCUGACUCUGAACAAUGUGCGUCUGGAAAACCCUUCAGUUUUACUCCUUUUACUGUGGUGGUUGUUCAUGAAGCAUUAUCCAAGUUAGAUCCUAGGAAACGGCUGGCACCGGACAACAAUCUUAAUGACAGUGUUGAUGGUGUAAGCCCUGAAGUGGUCAUCUUGUGUUUUGAAGCUUUCUUUGUAGGAACCUCUGUACAUUUCUUCCAUGAGUUAUGUAAAACCUUUGGCGCCUGGUUCUCCUUUCCCCUCCAUGUGUUCUCAGGUCUGGCCCCAGCGUUUGUGCCCAACCCUUACAUCAUCAGUGCGGCCCCUCCAGGGACAGACCCCUACGCAGCCGGACUGGCAGCAGCAGCUACACUCGGUCCGGCAGUGAUGCCUCCUCAGUACUAUGGUGUGACUCCCUGGGGGGUCUAUCCUGCCAGCCUUUUCCAGCAGCAAGCUGCAGCAGCCAACAACUCGGCCAAUCAGCAGGCGGCAAACCAGAACCAGCAAAACCAACAGCAGGUAAUGCGUGGUGGGGGCAACCAGCGGCCUUUGACCCCCAGCCAAGGUCAACAGAAUCAGCAGAAUGACCAGCUGGUUGCAGCAGCAGCAGUCAACUCAGCCCUCGCCUUUGGGCAGGGGUUAGCAGCGGGAGUCCCAGGCUACCCAGUCCUGGCCCCUGCAGCCUACUAUGAUCAGACAGGGGCCCUGGUGGUCAACACUGGAGGCAGGAACGGCCCGGUCCGCCUCAUGGCCCCCGGCUCCGUCAUCAUAUCUCCUUCCGCAGCACAAGCAGUUGCAGCAGCAGCAGCCUCUGCAGGUGGUGCCAACGGGGGUCUGGGCGGGUCCAGCGGUCCGUUUCGUGCCAUGCAGUCCCAGCAGGCUCAGCAGCAGGGCGGCCCGGGCGGCGCUCUGGGAGGAAGCUCCUUCUACGGCUCCUCCUCUCUCAGCUCCUCCUCCCAGAGUUCCUCCCUUUUCUCACAAGGCUCUGGCCAACCCGGACCAGGUUCUGCAUCGUUGGGCUUCAGCCAGCAGGCCUCAUCCUCACUCGGGGCCUCGCUGGGAGGCUUCGGCACUGCAGUGGCCAACUCGAGUGGUGGCAGCGGUUCCAGGCGGGACUCCCUGACAGGCAACAAUGAGCUGUACAAACGCAACCCCUCCAGCCUCACCCCGAUUGGCCAUGGAGGUUUCUAUAACGGUACCUUGGGCUUCAGUCCUUCACCGGGCCCCGUGGGCAUGCCCCUCCCCAACCAGGGCCCUUCGCAUUCACUCACACCCCCACCUUCCCUUUCCAAUCACAGCUCCUCGUCCAACCUCAACCUGGGAGGCCUGACUAAUGGCAGUGGGCGUUUCAUCUCUGCAGCUCCAGGGGCAGAGGCCAAGUACCGCAGUGCCGCCAGCUCAGGCUCCUCCCUCUUCUCACCCAGCAGCCAGCUGUUCCCGUCGUCACGGCUACGCUACGGCAUGUCAGACGUGAUGCCGUCAGGCCGCAGCCGCCUGCUGGAGGACUUCAGGAACAACCGCUACCCCAACCUGCAGCUCAGAGACAUCGCUGGCCAUAUCAUGGAGUUCAGCCAGGACCAGCACGGCAGCAGGUUUAUCCAGUUGAAAUUGGAGCGAGCCAGUUCAGCGGAGCGCCAGCUCGUCUUCAGCGAGAUCCUGCAGGCCGCCUACCAGCUUAUGGUGGACGUCUUUGGAAAUUAUGUCAUCCAGAAGUUCUUUGAGUUUGGCAGCUUGGACCAGAAGCUGGCUCUGGCAGAGCGGAUCAGAGGUCAUGUGCUGUCUCUGGCUCUGCAGAUGUACGGCUGCAGGGUCAUUCAGAAAGCUCUGGAGUUCAUCCCCUCCGACCAGCAGGUCAUUAGUGAGAUGGUGCGCGAGCUGGACGGCCAUGUGCUGAAGUGUGUGAAGGACCAGAACGGUAACCACGUGGUGCAGAAGUGUAUCGAGUGUGUCCAGCCUCACGCGCUGCACUUUAUCAUCGACGCCUUCAAGGGACAGGUCUUUGCUCUCUCCACUCACCCUUAUGGCUGCCGAGUCAUCCAGCGCAUUCUCGAACACUGCCUUCCUGAACAGACGCUGCCUAUACUGGAGGAGCUCCAUCAACACACAGAGCAGCUGGUGCAGGACCAGUACGGCAACUAUGUGAUUCAGCAUGUUUUGGAGCACGGCCGAGCUGAGGAUAAGAGCAAGAUAGUGGCUGAGAUCAGAGGAAACGUCCUGGGACUCAGCCAGCACAAGUUUGCCAGUAACGUGGUGGAGAAGUGUGUGACCCACGCGUCCCGGGCGGAGCGGGCAGUGCUGAUAGACGAGGUGUGCAGCCUGACUGAGGGCCCCCACAGUGCCUUAUACACCAUGAUGAAGGACCAGUACGCCAACUACGUGGUGCAGAAGAUGAUCGACGUGGCCGAGCCCACCCAGCGCAAGAUCGUUAUGCACAAGAUACGGCCCCACAUCUCCACCCUGAGGAAAUACACGUAUGGAAAACACAUCCUGGCCAAGCUGGAGAAGUACUACAUGAAGAACGGAGUGGACCUGGGUCCUCUCUGUGGCCCGCCCAACGGCAUCAUGUAAACUGACUCCCCCUCCCUCCCCUCCGGCCUGAAGUCAUGUCUGUCACCCCCUCCCUCUCCACUUAGCCCUUGUUAAAAGCUCUCAUGUCUCCUGACCCCUCAGAGGGCAUCAUGCCCACUCUCCCCCUCCAAAUCCUGUUCACAGAGGACGUUGAGUACCCUUCUUCUUACCUUUUUGUUUCCAUGACAACCUCUCGGGAGGAGCCUGUUGCUACGGGCAGCCUUAGUUUUUGUCAGAUUUUGUCGCCCCUCCCCCACCUGAGCCCAGGCCCACUGAACUGGGGGAAGGAGGGCAGGGAGUGGAGAGAGAGAAGAGAGGCCGCUCCACUCCCUCCUUUUUUUCCUGUUUCCUUUCGUUUCCUUGCUUCUGAUAAACUCUAAAAAUCAUUUCACUUUUUGCUACUGCUGCACACACAAUCCUAGUGUCCCCCUCCUCCCCCCCCAUCCUAGAUAUUUACCACUAUGAGAUGGACGAGUAUUUAAUUUGUCAGACGUCACAGAAUCAUAGACACACACGCCAUCAGCUAACCAGCAGACAGAUCAUUUAGCAUGGGAGAUUCGUUUUCUGGUCUUGCUUCUAUAAAUAUAACGUGUAUACUUGGUGUAGACCUUUGCAUAUAUAUAUAAAUAUAUAUAUAAAACUUUGUAGUUUUUCUGGUUUUUGAUGUUGAAUCUGUAUCUAUAAUGUAUCCUAGUAGUGACCACAUACUUCUGACUGUAUAAUUGUACAUUUGUAAACCCUUGUAAUGUAAAAGUGCUUUACCACCCUUUUUGGUAUGAGAAGAAAAAAGAUAAAAAAGCUCACUCUGACAGAAAAUCUUAGAAAAAAAACCCUGUGCAUUUCAGUGUAUAUUCUCACCUCCUUGGUUGUGACAUUGAGUUGUUGUAUAUUGUAAAUUGUAAUAUCAAAUUUUUGUUUUGAAAAGCCCUUUCUAUACAGCGUAGUACUUGUACAAAGAUUCGCCACGCUUGGUUUUAUCUUUAUCUUGUCACUGCUUAACUUAAGACGUCGUUCUCCCACUGACUCCCAAUUGGACACGUUCUGUUAGACUUAAAGUGUCUUCUGCUUUAUGUUGAAGGUUUUUUUGUUUUUGACCUUUUUUUAAGAUCUUUUUAUAGGAAUGCUUUACCCCAUGAAAAGUGUCAUGUGUAUGCUGGCUGGUUGGGAGAAAUAACUUUUACUCAUUUAACCCCAAACCCCUCGAUUACAUGACUUUUCAGAGGGGUAAACCCAUGGAUUGUACAGAGGAGAUUCUUGUGUUUUUUGGCAUUUCUCUAGUGCUGUAAGUGCUGUAUCAUACUGUCCAUGUCCUUUUGGGUGAGAGAGGCAGCCCGCCACAGCGCGGUGUACAUUUGGAGCAGCCUUGUGUAUAUUUACUACGAGCACACCUGUAACCAUAUGUGUAUAGUUAACAGAACCUGUGUAUGCUUAUUGCCUGGGCAACUAUUUUUUGUAACUCCUGUUGUAGAUUGUCUCUAAACAAUUGUGUGAUCUUAUUUUGAAACCAAACUGAACAAAAAAAUCUUUGAAAAUGUAA